GUCAUCAACCAUCUGACACUGGCCAACGUCAAAAAGAAGAAUCGAAGAAUUUUUUGUAUUUAAUAUUUAUUAUUUACAUUUUACGUUUUUUAAGAGCUUUCUUUAUGAAGUUUCAGCCGAAGUUAACAAUUGCCUAAUAUAUAUUAUAUUAUGCUUCAUAAAAUGCUUAAGUUAAACCACAUUUCAUAUUGUAACGUAGCAGUAGCCAAGUUUAAAGUCCGAAGUUUUGCUAGCAAGGGAAUUAAUAUAAAGGAUGUAAACUAUCAAUAUUUACAAAGGAGCAAGGUGCCUACAUUCCAUUUUCAAAAGUCCCUUCCACGACUUCCUAUACCUGAAUUAGACAAAACUCGGGAACGUUAUUUAAACGCACUACGACCGCUUCUAAAUGAUGGCCAGUUUAAUGAAGCGGUAAAGAGAACUAGUAAUUUUGUGGCAAAUGAAGGAAACCAAUUGCAAGCCAAACUUAUUUCGAAGGAUAAAUACAACAAGCAUACAAGUUACAUAUCAGAUUAUUGGUUUGAUCUAUAUUUAAGAGAUCGAGUGGCUUUACCCAUCAAUUACAACCCCUUCCUGGUAAUGCAGAAUGAUGUAAGGCCAGAAUACAACAACCAGUUGGUCAGAGCUACAAACCUAUUAGUAAGCGCAGUAAGAUUUAUGUUAUCACUAAGAGAAGAGAUACUGGAACCUGAAGUAUAUCACCUACAACCAAAAAAAAGUAACACUCAGUUAUUCAGAACAGUAACUGGGCUAUUGCCAGCAAGCUUAUCUUGGUAUGGAGCAUAUUUAUUCAAAGCAUUUCCACUUGAUAUGAGUCAAUUCACUGGGUUGUUUAACGCCACUCGCAUCCCUAUGUUAAACAAGGACAAAAUCCUCAGAGAUCCAACUUGCAACCAUGUUGUUGUGCAGAAGAAUGGCAAUUUUUAUGUCUUUGAUGUAUUGGACAUGGAUGGUAAUCUAUUAUCACCUGCAGAAAUACAUGGCAAUUUAGCACAAAUCCUAAAAGACAAUUCAAAAGCUGAUUUUCCCUUGGGAGUUUUAACAACUCAGAAUAGGGAUGAAUGGGCCAAUCAGAGAACACAUUUGGAGGAAACUGGAAAUAAAGAAGCAUUACACAAAAUUGAUACUGCAAUAUUUAAUUUAGUACUUGAUGAUGUUUGCAUCAAUGACAAUAAACAUAAACUAUUGGCGCAUUAUUUACAUACAGAUGGGUCUAACAGUUGGUUUGACAAGUCGUUCAGUCUCAUUGUCACCAAAGAUGGUGUGUCUGGUAUUAACUUUGAGCACUCGUGGGGGGACGGUGUUGCCGUCCUCAGGUUUUUCCAAGACAUCUACACAGAGACUACUACCAAGCCUUUUAUAGGGCCCGAAAGUACACCAUCAGAUAAACAAGUCACAGUAAAAAAAUUAGAGUUCAACUUGGAUGACAAAUCAAAGGGGUUUGUGGAAAAGGCCAGAAAAGAAUACAGCGAUUGGUGCAAUUCAUUGAGCAUAGAUUACAUUUUAUAUGAAGGUCUAACGAAAGAAGCUUGCAAAAAAUUCAAAGUCAGCCCCGAUUGCAUAAUGCAACUCGGCUUUCAGGCAGCAUAUCAUCUCCUCCACGGCAACUAUGUGGGCACAUAUGAAUCUUGCAGCACAUCUGCUUUCAAACAUGGGAGGACGGAGACCAUGAGGCCUUGUACUGAAAAAACAAAGCUAUUCUGCGACAACCUACACUCAAACAAAUCCACAAAACAAGAGCUCAGGUCCAUAAUGGCGGAAUGUUCAACCUACCAUUCCGAGUUGGUCAAACAGGCGGCGAUGGGACAAGGGUUCGACCGACACCUGUUCGCUCUCAGGAAGAUAGCCGAAGACAACGGCUUACCCCGUCCAGAACUAUACGACUCUUAUGAAUACAAGUUUCUAAACAAGUCUAUUCUUAGUACGAGUACGCUGUCUGCGCCGAGUGUGUUAGCGGGAGGCUUUGGGCCCGUCGCGAGGGAAGGGUUUGGAAUCGGGUACUCAGCAUUCCCUGAUAAGCUCGGAGCGGCGGUAUCAGCGUACAAAGCUCACAAUAACAGCUCGCAGUUCGUCGAGGCUUUAAACAAGUCAUUUGUUGAUAUUACUAAAAUUUUAUCUGAAUAAAUACAUGUUAAGGGUUUAAGAAUUUGUUAAAAAAGGGUACUAUGGUAUAUUAAUGUUAAAAAAGGCUGAGUUUGAGCUUCUUUAUAGACACUAUGACUUUACAUAGCUGGUAAUGCUCAAACGCUUUCGUUCGGACGCCCGUAAAUUUUAUCAAAAUAGUUGAUAACAGUGCAGUAAGUUAUUUAUGAUUUUAAGGAACAUUUUAAUAUGUUUGGUCUAAUUUGUUUAAUAGUUUACUAUUUUAAGGAAAGGUCACACAAGCUAAUGUUGUGACUGGUAUGUCGAGUUUUAUGUCGUAUAACUUACCAGUCAAUAUCAACGAUUCAAACCGUCCAUUUAAAGGCAUCGUCUGAGCUUUUUUAUCCGUAAUUUCACGGGCUCGGUUCAAAUGAAUUCGUAACCGUUCUUACGCAACGCUACACAAAAGAUAUAAAAUGUAAAUAAAUGCAUUUAUAAACGUAGAAAGUAAGUAAAUUAUUACGCUUGAUUUACUGAACUGAAUUGAUAUAUUUACAAAUUGUAGUUUUUACCAGCACAUGGAGGGUUCUAAAAUAUUUUUUUAUUAACAUUUUAUAGUAUUUUUUAAGAGGCGUAUUUAACGUGGCGGCAAAUAAAUAGUAAUUCAGCUGUUUGAAAUAUUAACUCCGGAAGCCAUUCCAGAAAUAUUAGGUUGGUGAUUAAUGCUCGGUGCCUUAAAAAAUAGAAACAUAGGAAGGAACCUGUAAAUAUGAUUGUGGGUAUUCUUUAAAUUAUUAUUUAUCUAGCAUCGAAAAUUAUCAGGGGGAGGUCGGGAGAGAUAGGGUAGGUGAGGAGGGAGGGUGGGAGAUGGUGUGGAUGAGGUGAGAUGGGGGGAGAGUAAUUGGGGAGGUUGAGGGAUGAUGUAAACUGUGUAUGCAAGUCUUUUUUCCGAUUCUGCAAUUUUUGAUAUUUGUAAUAGCGAAACUAUUAUAUACAUUUUUAAGAAUUUUGUGAGUGGCGUUCAAUGUGUACCUAUUUUUAUAUCAA